CGCUCAUAGCACAUUUUCUCUCUUUUUUUUUUUUUGAAUGGAACCCUAGUUCUCACCGUCUCGAUUCGAUUCCCCACACGCGCAACUUUUUGAUAUGAACAUGUACAGAGAUCGAGGGGCAGGUGGCUCAUCCAAGGCCGGAGAGGUGUUGGAUCGGAAGCGAAUCAACGAUGCGCUGGAUAAACAUUUGGAGAAAUCGUCGCCUUCCAAAUCAAGAAACAAGGGUUCCGCCCUAGCGAUGCCCUCCACCUCCGCCGCCGCCGGCAAGCAUGUUGAUCUCAGGGACAUCCGUUCUUCAACCGCCCUCACCGCCAGCAAAACCAAGCUCUCCGAGGAGGAAUCUGAAACAGACAGUGAAGAGUCUGAUGUCAGUGGUUCUGACGGAGAUGAUACAUCUUGGGUUUCAUGGUUUUGCAACUUGCGUGGAAAUGAGUUUUUUUGUGAAGUUGACGAUGAAUAUAUUCAGGAUGAUUUCAAUCUAUGUGGAUUGAGCAAUCAAGUCCCGUAUUAUGAGUAUGCACUUGAUCUAAUACUGGAUGUAGAAUCAUCUCAUGGUGAUAUGUAUACCGAGGAACAGAAUGAAUUAGUUGAAUCAGCUGCAGAAAUGCUGUAUGGCCUUAUUCAUGUCCGUUACAUCUUGACAAGCAAGGGAAUGGCUGCUAUGUUAGAGAAGUAUAAAAACUAUGAGUUUGGAAGAUGCCCUAGAGUCUACUGCUGUGGACAGUCAUGCCUUCCAGUUGGACAAUCAGACAUCCCACGCUCAAGUACUGUGAAGAUUUACUGUCCAAAAUGCGAUGACAUUUACUACCCUCGAUCUAAAUACCAAGAUAUCGAUGGGGCAUAUUUCGGAACCACAUUCCCCAACCUGUUCUUGAUGACAUACGGACACCUCAAGCCUCAGAAGCCAACUCAGAACUAUGUCCCUAGAGUUUUUGGCUUCAAGAUGCACAAGCCUUGAAGAACAAGCUCCAACAACAUGCUACCGAGCUUCUAAAUUAAUGUUCCAGAAAAUGGACUGCUGAGGUGUACAGAUGAUGGAUGAGUAGUUACAAAAACCAGGUAAAAUUGCAGCAGCUAUUGAUGUUAACCAAAAUUACCCAGUUGAUGGGGAAGCAUUUCAUGCAUUCCAAUCAAGCAGGUCUUGUUUAAAUUCAGAGAGCAUGUAAGCCUAUUUCUUUAUUUUGGUGAGAAUUGUCUAAAUAUUUCCUCAUGUAGUCCUUUGCGCAUGUGCAAUGCUUAAAUCAGCUGUACAAAUUUAUAUGGGAGCAGCCUAUUGAAAUUUUUGGGGAUUCGACA